AUGUCGUCGCAGGCAAUUGCGACGUCGACAAGAGGUCUGCCAGAUCCCACAUCAUGGACCGCUCCUUCGAAUCUUCACCCCAGCGGCAGUGACUCUGACCACGAAGAUGAACUAAAACAGCAGCAGACCAACCCAUCCAUGCCAAGUCGUUCUGCCUGGGAUGAAAUAGAUAUUCAACAACGGAAUCAGGCUGUGGGAAAUCUGCUCGCGGCUCUUGCUCCCAACAGUCCAACCAAACCCCAAACCCAGACCCAGACCGCAACUACGCCUACUAGGACAGACAUGGUUCCUCUACCGGACCAGAGUCUUGAAGGCCCUUGUGAAGCCACGGAGACCAAAACAAAUAACAGUUGUGUAGAGACAGAUCCGGAUAUCUUACUUCCUCCUCUCCCCCUACAAAAUCACGACGACUUCCUCACUGCCAGCGGGCUCCCUCCGUUACCUUCUACGUUACCCAUGGAUCCCCUUGGGCAACCUUUGCCACUUCCUGCGGGACCAAGCGGUCUGUUAACAGCAUAUAUGAACGAAUCUCAACCACCGACUGCCUCUCAUAUCCCACUCCCGGAACGAAGGGAAAUCGAAGCAUUUGCAAAAAUUGAAUUUGAGGACGGGAACUACUACAUCACCACUUAUGCGUGUGAACUAGGCAGGGAUGCUUUUGCAUACAGGGCAGCCCUCGCCAAGGCCGAAGAAGCGCGCCAGGCCGGACAAGACCGUGCACAGAGCUCGAGCGGGAGACGGUCAGGUCUGUCGGAGGGCGUACCACGACCUGGCGACAGCCAAGUCCAAGGGAGUGUUGUCAGUGAAGCUGGUGGAUUUGGCGGCGUCGAUGAUGGCCUCGUUAUGGAAAACGAAAAGGGAGAGGAUGGUCACCCAUUACACUCGCACUCGUCUGAAAGGUCUGCUGGUAGUGUCGUCAAACCUCAGGAAGUGCUCUACAAUCCCCCUCUCGCUCCUUUCGACUACCAUAAGAUGGCAGAACGUCAAGCACAACUAGAGUACGGCAACGAGCAGGAGCCAGAUAAUGAACAGCCAGCGCCAGUAACCGCCGACCAUAUCCCGGACGCCCACAAUUGUCCGCUCAUCCCUAUUCACGCAAUGCGCAAUCACCAAAAAUCUGAGCUGGAAAACCAUAAAAGCAUUUCGCGGCGGCAUGUCAAGAUUCAGUGGGAUUUCGACAAGGAGCGCUUCCAGAUGAAAGUCAUGGGUAGAAACGGUGCUUUCUUGGACGAUGUAUAUCUACAACGCGGCCAGACACGACCUCUCCGUGACGGUUCAAAAAUACAGAUCUCGAAUGUCUGGAUGACUUUUAGGCUGCCGAAACAAGAAGCCGAGUCGUCGAGCGACCUUUCAGGCCGGGAGGAAGUUGAACAGAGCCCUUCCCAGCCCCGGAGCACUUCGCCAACGUCGAACGAACAAGACAGGAGCGCUUCGCCGUCAAAGACUGGCAGGAGCAAGACCAAGAUCAUACUGAAUACCAUCGAAAGACCAUCAGCGGCGAUUCCAGAGCCUAUUCUUGGACCCGAUGGCCAGCCCCUGCCUCCGCGUAGACGAGGGCCUGGCAGGCCGCCAAAGGAUGGAAUCAUGUCCACUCGAGAAAGGAAAGAGAGAGAGAAGGCGGCCAAGCUUGCGGAAGCAAAAGCCGCCAAUGGAGGGAGAACUCCUCCACCCGUGAUGCGAGGUUCCAAACCUCCCAGACCUGUUACCAUGGAGGAGGAGACGGCAGCCGAACCCAAACCAGAGAAGAGGAAAUACAAGAAGCGAAAGCGGGUUGGAGAAGACGGUGACAUUGUCCAGUCAAUUGAGGGUGGUGAGGUCGACGUGCCUAGCGAGCCCGAGAGACCGCCGCCGGUCAAGAAAGCCAGGUCGAAAUCCCCGAGUCCAGACUAUCCUCCUGCAGAGAGCUUGACCGAAGAACAGCUUGCCAGACCGUCCGAGCCCUAUGCCCGGUUGAUCUACGACAUCUUGCUUGACAUCCACCCGAAGGCUCUUCCUUUGAAGCAGAUCUACCGAGCUUUGAAGCUGAAAUUCCCAUUCUUUGUACACCGAGUGGACUCGGAAGGAUGGCAAAGUAGCGUCCGACAUAACCUGAACCAAGAAUGGAACAAGCUCUUCGAAAAGGGCGAGAAGGAAGGCAAAGGAUUUGCGUGGAAAGCGAUCCCUGGGGCCCUACAGCCUCAAGCGGAAAGAAGACGAGCAGCCCAGCAAGCAGCAGCCUCCAAACCAAAGCCCACACCGGCACCACGUCAAAAUGUACCCCAAGGCCCCCCUCAAAUGUUGAACUGGCAAAACAGCACACCAUAUCCUCAACAGAACGGGAUGCCUCCCCAAGGACAUCAUCCGCCUUUCUAUGGGCAAGGUCCGCAUGGAUCCAUGCCGCCGCCCUCAAAUGGCAUGCCGUGGCCGGCUCCGCCAGGGGGGAUGCCACCGUCGACUCCAGCAUAUCCUGCGGGUCAGAAUCGUUCUUUCUAUCCACCGUCCCCAGCAGGACAAUCACCCUUUCCACCACAACAUCAACAUUUUCAAUCAGGCCCUGCACAUUCCGUUCAACAUUCAAGUCAGGGGUCUCAUCCGACACCAAGUGCUGUCGCGACACCAGCAUCAGCAUCCGCACCACUCAUUCCCACCAGCUCUUCUGCGUCGCGGAACAUGCCUUGCACCUUAGACGGUCUCAUCACUAUCAAGAAGUUCGAGAGUGCCAUGCUCGAGCAGGUCCACCCCGCAAGAAUUGAGCAUUGGCAAAGGAUCUUUGCAUCCGCCACGCGAAGAUUGCUUCACGGCCACCCUGAGUCUCUAAUGCCAGGUGGCCACACUAUCGAAGAGGAGACGAUCAUGGGACACAUUCGGGAUUUUAUCCGGCGUUUCAAGAAUCCCAACUUCGCAGGGUUCUCGCGGACCGGCUCGCCUGCGCCCGCUAGCGUGAUCAAUGCCAGCAGGCGAAACAGCACACCCCACACUGCAUCACCUACAACCACUACAUCAGGUGCUCCUCAAGGUGCUUCAUCAGGAAUGGCAAACCCUGCUCCGAAAGUCCAAGCAGCACAAAGUGAGCCUUCAACAUCCUCGGCGAGCAAGGAGGUGGAGGGCAUUCAGCAGCCGACGUCGACGCCCCCGGCUGAUUCUCAAUCAGUCAUCCAGGGUGCGAUGUCCCAAGCUUGA